AUGCCAAUAAAACACGUGACAUUCAGGCAUAACAGAAUUAUUUCUCACCCCUCCUAUUGCAACGUUGAUUACCUUAACUGCAAAAAGCUAAUGGAAAACUUUGAACGAGGAGAUGUUAUAAUCAGGCCAGGCAGCAAAGGCAACGAUCACCUAACAGUUACUUGGAAGGUCUCAAACGGAGUUUUCUGGUACAUUGAUGUAAAAGAGGAAGGAAAAGCCAAUGCGGAACUCGCCGUUAACUUGUUGGACAAUAAAGAGGUCAUUGAGAAAGAUCUUAUGGAGGAACGAAAAAGCAACUCCUCAAGAUUUCCAUAUUAUUUUACAAUUUCCAAACAAUAUACAGGAAAAUUCAUGUUUUCUUACUUUCCAAAUAGAAGCGUCAAACACGAGUAUGUGACAGUCACUCGCGACGGAUUGAGAUACAGAGGACAAAUAUUUAGCAACAUCAACAAUUUGGUUAAUUGGUCUAAAUUACAUUUCAAUGAUGCUACAAUUGCAAACCAGCUGUUAAAUCCAGUGACUUCCCAAGCCCAAUCAACCGGAUCUACCGGAUAUAAUACCCAUUCUUCGGGAUCAACCGGAUAUCAUGCCAAUCCUUCAAGAUCUACCAAAUAUAACUCACACUAA